AACAAUGUCAAUGUGAGACAACACGUGAAUUUAUUUUGAAAAAUAAUAUUCGAUUUAGCUCGAACAGUAUGGCUGAUGAUGCCAUAUUUGACAAGAAGAAAUCACAUCGAGCCAAACAUGCUGGGAGAAAAGCGGAGAAAAAGAAAAAGAAGAAUCAAGUGGAUCAAUCUAACCUAACUGCGAGGCAAAGAAAUCCGAAAGCGUUUGCUAUUCAAUCAGCCGUUCGGGCUGAAAGACAAUUCCGACGCAGAGAAGAUGUUAUUUCCAAGAAACAGCACAUACCUCAAGUAGACAAGACCCCUUUAGACCCGCCACCGAUCGUCGUAGCGGUCGUCGGUCCUCCGAGAGUUGGCAAAACAACUCUUAUAAAUAACCUCAUCAAAAGUUUUAUUAAAACAAACGUGACUAAUACAAAUGGGCCCAUAACAAUAGUAACUUCGAAAAAAAGACGCCUCACUUUGAUUGAAUGCAACAAUGAUAUUAACUCAAUGAUUGAUAUAGCUAAAUGCGCCGACCUCGUCCUGCUGCUUUGCGACGCGAGCUUCGGUUUCGAAAUGGAAAUCUUCGAGUUCUUGAAUAUAUGUCAAGUGCAUGGUAUGCCCAAAAUAAUGGGUGUUUUAACUCAUCUCGAUAUGAUAAAGAAUGCCAAGAAACUUAAAAUGACUAAAAAAACAUUGAAACAUCGGUUCUGGACUGAAGUUUACUCUGGAGCCAAGUUGUUCUACCUCUCUGGUAUUCUUCAUGGGGAGUAUUUGAGAAAUGAAAUUAAAAAUUUAUCAAGAUUCAUAUCUGUGAUGAAAUUUAGACCUCUUAGCUGGAGGAUGACUCAUGCCUAUUUGUUGGCUGAUCGACUGGAAGACAUCACUAAUCAGGAGAAUAUAAGAAAGGACCCCAAAGUAAACAGGGAUGUAGUGCUCUAUGGGUAUGUCAGGGGAGUACCAAUGAUGAAAGACUCUGUUGUUCAUAUAGCAGGUGUUGGUGAUAUGAAGAUAAGUGAAUUGUCAUAUUUACCAGAUCCCUGCCCACUGCCAAACAGUGAGAAAAAAAGGCACUUGAUGGAAAGAGAGAGACAAAUAUAUGCACCUUUCUCAGGUGUAGGUGGCAUAGUUUAUGAUAAAGAUGCAGUCUAUAUUGAACUUAAGGGUUCCCAUUCACAUAAACAAGAAGACGAAGAAGCAGAUGAAAAGAAGGCUUUAUUAAAAAAUGUUGUAGAAACUACGGAAACAGUUGAUGAGCAAAUGCAGGAAAUUGGUCUAAAACUUUUUAGUGGAGGUGCUGUUAUAUAUCCAGAUAUGGUCAAGGAUGAUGAAUACUUACAACACAGUAAAACCCAGGAUAGUUCUGACGAAAAUGAGUCAGGUGAUGAAAGUGAUUUUGAAAAUGAUAGUGGUAUAGACCAAAGUGAAAAAGAAACCAAGACAAGCUCAAAACUUCCGUGGGAUAAUAACUCUGGAUCAGAAGAAGAAGGUGAUGAUGAUGAUGAUGAUGAUGAUGAUGGUAAACUAAACACGGAAACCAAAGGAAGUAAAAAUGAAUCAAAUUCAGACGACUCAGACUCUGAAAAAUCCGAAACCGAAGAGGAAGAUUAUAAUACAAAAUGGAAAGAAAAAUUAAGUGAAAAAGCUACGAUGGCAUAUUUUGAGCGACAAAAGACUUCUAAGAACAUUAUGAAACUGGUGUAUGGUGAUUUUGAAAUUGGGAACAAAACAAAGCAGACGAAAGAAAGAGAAGACACUGAUGAUAGUGAUGACGAAGAAAUUGGAGGUCUCUUUAAAAAAGUUACGAGCUCUCAGAAAAAGAAACAUAUGGAGAAGGAACAAUUAGAUCAUGAUGAAUGUUCAUUCUUUUAUUCUUUAGACAAACCCAAUUUAAGAGAUUGGACCAAAGAUACAUACAAACAGAUUAUAAUCAAUAAUUUUGUAACUGGUAAGAGAUCUGCGGAUGAAGAUGCUGAGGAACUUUUGCAAUUGGAUGAUGCCAGCGAUGGUGAUGACGAAAUGUAUGGAGAUUUUGAAGAUUUAGAAACAGGUGAAAAGCAUGUUAAUGCAGAAAAAUCAGCGGAUGCCUCGAAAGAGGAACUUGGAUCUAAACGAAAAGCUGACAAUACUAAGUCAGAAAUACUUAAUAAAAAAUUAAAAUUAAAGGCUAAGUUUGACGCCGAAUACGACAAUCCAGAUGACCAUAGAAUCAAAGGAGAUCAUUCAUAUUACGAAAGCCUAAAAGCUGAGGCACUAAAGCAAUCUGAGUUAAAUAAAUCAGUUUUCGAAAACUUAGACAAUGGUUUAAGAAUUGAGGUAGAAGGUUUUAGACCUGGCUUGUAUGUUAGAAUGCUAUUCAAAAAUAUGCCUUCAGAGUUCGUUACGAACUUCGAUUCUAGUUAUCCACUUCUUAUAGGCGCAUUAAACAUGGCUGAACAGAACAUCGGAUUUGUGUCUUGCAAAGUAAAAAAACAUAGAUGGUAUAAGAAAAUUCUAAAAACAAAUGAUCCUCUAAUUAUAUCCCUCGGUUGGCGCCGAUUCCAAACAUUACCAAUAUAUUCUAAAAUCGAGGACGAUAUGAAAUGCAGGUAUUUGAAAUAUACGCCUGAACAUGUGACGUGUAAUAUGCACUUCUACGGUCCGAUAACACCACAAAAUUCAGGUUUUUUAGCGUUGCAAACCGUCAAUAAUGCUUCUAAUGAAAUAAAACAACUGGGAUUCAGAAUAGCAGCAACGGGUAGUGUUAACGAAAUAAAUAAAUCCACACAGAUUAUGAAAAAACUAAAACUAGUCGGAACACCUUUAAAAAUUUAUAAAAAAACAGCUUUCAUAAAAGAUAUGUUUACGACAACUCUUGAAGUUGCGAAAUUCGAAGGAGCGAGAGUUAAAACUGUAUCCGGUAUCAGAGGACAGAUUAAAAAAGCUUUAAAUAAACCCGAAGGUGCAUUCCGCGCCACUUUUGAAGAUAAAAUACUUAUGAGUGAUGUUAUUUUCUGCAGGACUUGGUUUAAAGUAGAUGUCACCAAAUUUUACGCGCCUGUAGUUAAUCUUUUACUGCCUAUCGGUAAUAAGAAUGCUUGGGAGGGAAUGAAAACGAAAGGUCAGCUGAAGCGAGAACGUAAUAUUAAACAUGAGGCAAAUAACGAUUCAAUGUACACUGACAUUGUCAGGCAGCCUAAGGUAUUUAAGCCGUUAGUAAUACCGAAAGCAUUACAAAAGGCUUUACCUUACAGGCUAAAACCGAAAGCAAAGACGAUGACAUUAACGGACACGAUUACAAAAGAGAAGUUCUCGAACAGAAUAGCUGUCAUAAAGAAUCCACACGAACAGAAAGUUUCUAAUGUUAUGAAAAUGUUGAAAACUAACUUUGAGAAGAAGAAAGAAGUUCAGAAAGAAUUAACGUCAGAGAAAAUGAAGAAGUAUAAGAAACAACAAGAAGAAGUCGAGUGGCGUAAAUUAAAACGGCAAAAGGAGAUGAAGAAGAAAAUUUGUAGGCAUUUAAGUAAAAUGUCGAAUAAAUCGCAGAAACAAAUGUGAAACGCUUAUUUGUUAAAUUUAAAA